AUGUUGGAAGGUCUUGUGACCUGGGUGUUGAACAAUUAUGUGGGAGAAUAUUUGGAGAAUUUGAAUGCUGAUCAAAUUUCAAUUGCUUUGUUGCAAGGCCAAGUCGAGUUGGAGAAUGUGCCAUUACGAAAAACGGCGUUGAGAAAGUUUGAUGUUCCACUUGAGGUUAAGUCAGGUAAAUUAUGUUUUUUUGAUAAUGUAGGCAAAAUACGCAUUGCGUCUGGUUUUUAAAUUUAUUAAGUUCAUUUUUAUUUAUUAAACAGUUUUUUAAAGUAUAAAGCUACGUAAUACCCCCAAAAACUUAUAAAACAUCAAGAUAAAUGAACUUGUUAUAGGUAUAAUCGGAAAGCUCACGUUAUCAGUGCCGAUUGCUCACAUUCGAUCAGAACCAUGGGUGUUGAAGAUGAGCGAUUUGUUGAUAUUGUUGGGGCCAAACUCCGAUCCAAGCUCAAAUUUGGAUUUAGUCGAGGAAAGCGAACAGUCGAAACGAGAACAAAUGUAUGAAGAGCUGGAGAAGCUACAUAAAGUAAGGUUUUGAUACUUUUUCUUUGAUUUUUAGAUAAAACGUGAUUGGAAGAAGGUCAGGGGUGGAUGUUUAGAUGAUGGAGUGUAAAACACGAACAUUUUAUUGAUUGUCUUUUUAUAUAAAUAUUGGAAUUUAAGUUUUAGGUAACAUUAUGUCAUAUAUUGUAAAAUUUUGGUAAUAUUUGAAAUCUAAAUUUCAAAAAAAGUUUAGUUUUAUUAAAAUUAUUACUUAAAUCUGUUUAGCAACGUCUUCUGAAUGCAUCGUCGAUUCAACUUCAAGCAGAGGAAGCUCAGAAUGCUUGGUGGGGAGCUUCAAUGAUAUCAGCUGUUUCUAACAACAUUCAAGUAAGUUUAUUGGAUAUUAUAGUUGAUUAUGGAUUGGUUUCAUAAAGGAGAAUAUUAAUUUUAUUUUUAAUAAUUUUGAUUUCGAACUUUUAAUUAAAAAAAAUAGUGUUCAAUAGUUUUUUUUGCGUUUAUUACCUAAAAUUUUGAUUUUAUAGUUUUUGACUGACUUCAUGUUGUAAAAUACGCCGUUUCCUAAGAAUUCUUGUUAAGCUUUGAUUUUUUUGAAUUUUACGAAAAAUUAAAAAUUUUUUAAAAAUUUAGACGUUUAAUUUUUAAAUUAUUUUUAGUUGAUCUUGAACAACGUUCACAUUCGAUAUGAGGACGACAAAACCAUGCCGGACAAAGUGCCAUUUCAUUUUGGCUUCAGGAUACACAACAUCAGCAUUCAGACGACCAAUUCACAAUGGGUAAGCUUAACUUUUGUUUUGGUUGUUGUGAUUUUAGGUAACAAAGUUUGAUUCGAAUCUUGGAAAUGCUAAAAUACGCGUUUAGUUGGCGGUAGUUAUGCUAAUGUAAUAUUUGAAAAGGUCAAAAAUUAUAAGGUUUUUGCUGAUUUACUGAAGCUAAACGACUGGGAAUGUCUUUAGAAUAUUAACUUACAAAUUUUUAGCUAUAAAACUUGUAAAAUACGUUUUAUAAUUGCUUCUACUUUUUAAAAACUUUAUUUUUUUAGAAACCAGGCUUCGUUCAACCAGAAGACGGUGUGAAUACCUUCAAAAAGCUGGAUGUCAAAGGUUUUUCGGUGUUUUGGAACUGUGCUCAAGAAAUGGAUGUGGAUGUGGAUACGUACGAGAAAUUGAAGAACAUUCUAGCUCCAGAGACCUCAAAGAACAACACUUUUAUAUUGAAACCCUUUUCAAUGGCCGUCAGAAUGGAGAAGAAUGUUUCAAAGUUUCCACUGAAACAGAACCCACCAAUUCCAAGGUUUACGGUGGGUUUCUGGAGCUUUUUUUAAUAUUGAAGUUUUAGUGGGUUUAAAAAAGUUUUGUCGUUUUUGAUUGUGAAAAUCAAAAAUAAUUUUACCGAAAACUUUGUUUUUUGCGUAGAUUAUUGCCUAAAAACUGCUUUGUCGACUAGAUUUGUACCUAAAAAUUGACGUUCGACUAGAUUGUUACCUUAAAUUAUAGGGUUUCGAUAAAAUUGUUACCUAAAAUACUUUUAGUUUGAUCUUCGACCAGAACGAAUUGAAAUUGAGUUGUCGAAACGUCAACUGGCUCAAAUACGGGUAUUAUCUACAGAAUGGGCACGGUUCGACAGAGCUCGACAACACCGAAAAUGGCGGCCAUUAACGAGAAUUCUGGGAAGGUAAGGAUAGAUCUAUUUAAAGUAGAGCUGGAGUAAGACUUGGCUAGGCUAUCGUAGAUCUGUAAAGGGGUCGGGACUUUUAAUAGUCGGAUUUAGAAAACUAAAUAUUUUUACGUUUAGUGCAAAAGAAUGGUGGAGAUUUGCAUACGGUCGAAUAUCAGAAGAUAACAGGAAACAAAGAUCGACAGCGUCGGCCGAUUUCGUAUUAAAAAGAGCCAAGUUAUUGAACAACUAUUGUCGAUCUUACGGCCGAAAAUUAAAAGCAUACUUGGCUGAUCAAAAAGGGAAGGAAGCUAGGCUGUAAGUUUGUUUUUUAAAUGAAAUUAAAAAAUUUUUUGAAGUUUAAAAUUUUUUAAAUUUAAAUUAUGAUUUUAAGCUUAAAAAAUAAUUAAAAAAUAUAUUUUUAGAAAAGACCCAAAUGCGAAAGUAGCACCAGCCAGCGCUGCCAGCCCCGAAGACACUGCCUACAUGAAACAAAUUGAACACGAUUCAGAAUUCACUUACAAUGAACUACAUUUAUUCAGGGAAAUCGUCUUCAGAAAGUACCUAAAACAAGUCGAAGCUGAACACAACAACAAUGUGACGUCGAGUGAUUCCGUGGAGACUUUUGAAGUGGUUUCACCUGAUAGCGGUGAGUUUGGGAAAUGGUUGGGUACAGCUGGAGUAGGGCUCAGGGUCCGGGUGAGCUUAUGAUAUGGCUUAUGGUACUGUAGAGCCUAAACUACCAGAAGGCCUAGGUAUUGUAGAACCUAGGGUACGGUAGGGCCUAGAGUACAGAAAUGCCUAGGGUACUAUAUAACCUAGGGUACUAUAAGGCCUAGGGCACUGGAUUACUCUCUAUCUUACUUUACCCUAUCUUAUCUUUUUCUACUUUACCAUAAGAUACCGUACCCUAUUUUAAACCCUUAAAUUAAAAAAUGACAUUUUAGAACCUGCCAGAAGUCAAUCUCACUACACCCUAUCUCGCGAAACUUCGGUAGAACCAGCUACAACAAUGUCCACCUCAAUGCAUGAACAACGUCGACCAUCGACAAGUAGUCAACAAGAAGGCCAAGGCUUUUACGGAUGGCUAGCCAGCUGGUUUGGUCCUGGCGAAGAUCCGAAUAAGAAACAAAAGGAAGAAGACAUUAACCAGGCUACCUUCUUGAAUAUGUGGCCACAAGACGGAAACCGAGAAUUACCUCCGAAUUUGAGAAGAGUCGAGAAGAGAAUUGAAGAGGAGCUGCUGGAUGUAUUGUCGGAGAGCUGGGACGAUUCGACGAUAUUAAGGAGGGACAACUUGCUGGCUGAGGUGGUAUUACAGUUGGAGCGGAUGAUUGUUAGAUUCGUGGAUGAUGAUGAGGUAAGUGGGAGGUUUUAUGGCGUAAAAUGACGAACUUUUAUUAAUUUUUUUAAAGCGUAUGGUUUGGUGGAGUAAUUUUGUCGGGGGGGAGGGGUGCUUUUUUUCUUGUCACCCAUCCUUGAUCAAAAAAUGACUUUUUUAAACUUAAUUUAUAGUUAAAACGCCAUUUUGUAUUGGUUUGAAGCUUAAAAAAUUAAAAUGUGAUUAAUUUGUUACCUAAAUUACUAUUAACCAUAACUUUUCCAGCUAACCCACUUAGGCCUAUCACGAAUCCUAGCCUUGGACAUGUCUACCGUAGCCUCACGUGUCCUCCUAUCACCUCGAGAACACAGAACCGAGAUCAGCUUAUCUGUAAUGGACAUGUCUGUGCAACGCUUAAGGGUUGCACCUCAAAAGUCACCGGUCAUUAGUAGAUCGAACUCGUUGAGUGAUUUACAAGAUGAAAUCGAAGACUCGCUGUGGACUGGUGCUGGUGUGGCGGCAAUGGAAACAGAAGUCUUGUUUGCAGUGGGACGAACGAAAAGUGGCGAGAAAGUGGAGUGGGACUGUAUCAGUGGGGAGAGGAAGGUGAAGAACGACCCGUUGUUGCAGUAGGUUAUCUUUAAAAAUUAAGAAUUACUAUAUUCUGCAAAUGAUUUUAGGAGACCGUAUUUUACACUUUUUUUUCAGGUUUUACUACCGACGUCUAGCACCUCGACUCAACGUUUUUCACGAGGUCAAAGCCUCAUUCUUGCCAAUUGCUGUCGUAUACGACGAGGACGCACUAGAUGGACUAGCCAAUCUCUUCGACACGGAUUCAGCCUUCUUCAGAGAAGAACAAACAAAAGAAAAAGGCCAAGAAGAAGCACUGAAAGAAUUCGAACCAGACAAUCAACUCUUCUUAACAGUCAACAUUCCAGAAGUUCUGUUAGAGUUGAGGUCAAAACGAAAGUCUCCAACCGCCGAUAUUAACUUAAGCCACAAUUCUCAGCCAUUCGCUUCAGCUAGAAUCACAUCGGUCAGUAUGGGCAUUGCGAGAACGGAGAAAUACUUGACCAAGAUGAAAUUGGGCUUUGAUCAAUUCGAAUUGAAGGAUUUGUUCGAGAAAACGGAAUGGCCAUUGCUGAAGACGGUGCCACCGAAUGGGUCUGUUAGUGGAAGUGUAAGUAGCUAGUAGAAGAGAAAGUUAAAUUAGGGCAGUGUAGGAUAAGGUAAAGUAUAGUAUGAUAAGUUAAGGUCUGAUAUAGUAGGGAAUGUUAGUGGAGGGUAGAGUAGGGUAAGAUAGAGUAGGGCAUAAUAGGUUACCAAAAGUUAAGGUAGUGUAGGGUAGGGUAGGGUGAGGUAGGAUAAGGUAGGGUAAUAAAAGUUACUGUAGCGUUUAUUUAUUAAAAAUCCUAAAAUUAUGUUUUUAGAAAGCGUUGUCAAGGUCUUUACCGACAAUAACUGACACAAUUUCUUCAUCUCACAGUGACUCUGAUCUAUACUCUUCUUCGUUACCAUUGGAACGCAAGGGAAUGAAACGUAAGUAUUUUAACAUAACAUGACUAUAGCAUUUACUUUAUUAAUUCUUAUCUACUCUUCCUCGUCUAAGUCUUUGUACUGGGUGCGCCAAAAGUUCUGUUACACGGUCUUUUAAUCAAAUGUUUAUUUUAACAACAAAUAUAACUAAAACAACAACUAACAAUAGUAACAUAUAGUACUAGUUAUAACAUAGCCAAUCGGUUUCGAAGUGUCCCUCCUUUGCGGCUUGGCACAAGCGCAAACGCUUCAAAAAGUUUUGUAUAUGUCUAAUAUUUUUUGAUGACCUUAUUCUUUCAUUUUCAGUAGUGGCAUCAGACCUUCAAACAGCCCGCUCACCUCAAUCAACAGCCAUCAACCCAGCAAUUAAACGACCAGGAAUGGCAUUAGACAACGAUUUUGGCCAUUGGGAUCAGUCUUGUGUACUAUUAAACAUCACUUUCGUAGAAGACAAACAUCCCAAGUUUGAAGAAGUCUACGAAAAACAACAUUGCACGGUGAAAGCGAAUCUUACAGAAGUCGAAAUCGGUAUGAACAGAAGAACGUGGACCAUGCUACUCAACUUCUUUGGAGCACUGGGGCAGAAAUCGAAUUUACACGAUGAUAUUAUGCAUGUUUUACCUACUACAGCAGAGGUGGCUACUGAUCCAAUUCUGGAGGCGCUGCUUUAUGGAAAGAAAAUGACUGAAGAUGAGAUUUUGAAGGUAAGACUUUGAUUGAUUUUGCUUUAUUUACCAUUGAUCCUAUCGUACUCCAGACCUUACCGUACCCUAGCUCUUACCGUAUUCUAGCUUUUUCUUUACCCGAGAGCUUUAUUUUAAAAUCUAUAUUUUUUCAGAAUCAAAAAGCCUUUGAAGAAGCCAAAAAACUUAUAGUAGCCUACAAUUUACGUCUACAAUUUGAAUUCGAAGACCUGUCAAUUCACAUGAACUACCCAGCCAACAAAACUCAACUAGGUGAAAUCGCUUUCAAAGACACGGCCAUAGAUCUAAAACUGAAUUUGAACAAUCCAGAAGACCCAAUGAAGGUUCACAUGGCCAUCGGAGACUUUGCCCUCAGUGACCUAACGCCAUUUUACAGCGACAAAUAUGGCCAAAGGAUUGUGAUUGAUAAGAAAAUGAACAAAGAGAGCAGACUAACUGUAGAUGUACUAAAACACAGGACGGACGACUUUGAAUUGGCUAGGAAAUACGAUAUUAAGGUGGACGUGAAGGGGCCAAAAAAUAUGGAGAUGUUUUACGUACAUACACAUAGAUAUUUCUGCGCUUUGUUGGACUUUUGGUUUAAUUUUGCUGAUCUGGGGGAUCAAGUGAGGAGGAAGAAUGAGAAGAUUAGUACGGUAAGUGGGGUAUUGGAUAGCGAAAUUGGAAGAAAAUGGUUCUAAAUUGAACUUGGGAGACAGGAACUGAUGGCAGAAGCUUGGGUAGGUUAGGUUAAAGUAGUAUAGAGUAAGAGGAAUAUAGGGUACGGUAGGUUAAGGUACGGUAGGGUGUGGUAGAAUAGAGUAAUUUGAGGGUUAAGUAAUCCAUUUCAUUACAGUUUUUUGAUUAUCUUUCCACUUUCAGUGUGUCGACGGCCAAAAAACUCGCUGCCUUUUAUCAGUCGACCUAGAAGCACCAACUCAACUAGUACUCCCACUAAACCAAUUUAGUGACGACUUCAUUUUCCUAGAGACAAACUCAAUUCAUAUCAGAAACAAAUUCCUAUUAGGAUCACAAACGAAGGAACUAGAAGAACAUGCUAUCGAAACUCUGCAUGGAGAAGAUGACUAUGAUUGCUUAUUGGACAAAAUGACAGUUCAAUGUGCCAAAAUGAGAAUAUUCCCGGGCAAACGAGUUGAUGCUCUAUUGAAGACGACAGUAGACAGAGAGAGGUACAGAAGAGUUGGAGAGAGUGUGUUCGAAGAGUUCUACUUGGAAGUGGAACAUAAGAAUGUGCUGAACAAGGCAUUCGACCUGAACAUUGAUGUCUUCAAGAAUUUGUCAUCGUUCAUUUCACAUAAUUGUAGGUUGAUUUUAAAACUUUUUUAGCUUAUAUUCUUAGCUUAUCUUUACCUUAUUCUUAUAGUAACUCUAAUUUACAAAAAAUGUCAUUUCAGUGCCAGAACUCUCCGUCCUCACUUAUUUCUACGAUUUGGAAGUCGAAUUCACGGUGGAAUUCUACAAGCUUCUACGUGGAUUUCUGGAGAAGAACCUCGGUGACCAACUCAUCCCAAAUCCGGACACAAUCCCCUACGAAGUACUACAAUGUCCAGACAAAGGCCUAGUAACUUGCACCGCCCAAAAAUACGCCACAUUUUCGAACAGAAUGGACUUUCGAAAUGUCACCUACCACUUUCUGAAUGCAACCGAAGAUUCAGAAGGCUUUGUCAAGUUUGGAAAAGUUCUACUGCACAAGGCGAGAAUAUCAUUUGAUUCGUAUAUUGAUAAUCAAUCAGAGCUGGACAUUAUUUGUGAAAGCUCAGAGCUGGCUGACACUCGGUAUGAUGGCAUGGCAGCGAAUCAACGACCUAAUAUAUACUCAACUAUCGUUCAACCGAGGAAGAAGGGGAAAAUAUCGGAGGGGUAAGGUUAAUAUUGGCAGUUUUGGUUCAAAAAUGGGAUUUUAGAUAACAAAUUGUAUGUUUUUUUAUUGAAAAAAUAGAAUUUUAGGUAACAAAAAUAACAUUUUUAUUUAAAGAAUGCUGUUUUUGGCUGAUAAAAUGGAACUUUUGAUUAAAAAAUAGGACUUUAGGUGACAAGUUUGAAGUUUUUGACUUAAAAAAUGAAAUUUUAGGUAACAAAAAUAAAUUUUUUAUUAAAAAAAGUUGUUUUUGGCUAAUAAAAUUGAGCUUUUGAAUAAAAAAUGAUAAUUUUAGGUAGUAAAAUGUCGUUUUUUAAUCAAAAAACCAAUUUUAGGUAACAAAAUGAUGGUCUUAAAAAAUUAUUUUAGGACUUUAAACAACUUUUUUUCAGUAACAACAUGGCCCUGAUGUCCGAAGCCCACAUUAUGAUGAAAAAAGACGAAGCACCGGUCGUAACCCUAGUCUUAAUGAACUCCAGAGUACUACUCAUACUCGACUGGUUGAACAUGGCCAAAGACUUUGUCCUUCAAAGCACUGACUUUGUACCACCAGAAGAACCAACACAAACCAACGUCAGAAUACCAUUCGCAGUACCAAAAGAAGGCAUACUGGUACGAAAUGGCCAAAACGAAAAGAAGGAGGUCAAGAAGAAUCCACAUACAAUCACGUUGAAGAUCACUUUGAAGGAGUCUGAUCUGGUACUACUCGAGAACAGCUCUAGACCAAAUUCGUUAGCACUAGUUGGCCAUACAACAGCAGUACUAGGCUUACACGAUCAGUUCGGUGUACUAGAAGGCAAUUUCGAAGUACAAAACAUUGGCCUAAGUUGGUGUCUAAUGUCGGCCGAAGCUUCGACUCAUUGCCAAAUUUCGAAUGAGUUCAAUCUGACAGCUAGCCUACAAAGAGAGCCUCAAACCAACAGGAAAAAGAAGACUGGACUGGAUUUGCUGGAUAUCUCUACAACGGUCAGGCAAUGUUUAACCUUUGAGCUAGGCGAAAUGGUAUUCAGGUUGUCUUACAAGGAUAUAUUGGUAGUGCAAAGUGUUCUAGCUGGAGCUGUUGGACGCUUGACGCCGGCUAGAAAUGCAGACUGUCAAGGGGCGCAUUCACCCGCUAACAUUCCGAUUGAACCGGGUGAGAUUUUUUGGGUUUACUAUGAGGCUUAGUGUACAGUAGGGAAUUAACAAGGAAAGUGCCCGACCUGCCCCGCUCUGAUUGACUUCAAAAUUUUUAUAUAGAAAGAUCAUAUAAAUAUUAGAUAUUCAGCAAAGUACUAAAUCGCGCUUUCCAGGAAAUCUCGAGAAAAUCGAGAUUAAAAAAUGACAAUUUGAAUUUCCCGCCAAGUUGGCAUUGUGUGUCAAGCUUUUAACUUUGUCAUUUUUUGACUUUUAAUAGUUUUUCUUUGAUCUACUGGUAGCUAACCUUUAAAUGAACCUACAUUUUUAAAUUUGUAAGCGUAUCUUGUCUGGAAAGCUUAAAAAAGUGCUUGAAACACAAUGCCAAAAUUGCCAAAUUGGCGGGAAACCCAAAUAAUUUAAAUUUAAAACUCAAAAGCGCGAGCUAAAAUUUUUUAUGGGUACUAUUGGUGGUACAAAGAAUUCAUAUAAAAAUUUUGAGCUGAUUUUGAGCGGGGCAGGUAGGGUACUUUCCUUGUAAGUAAAAUGGUGCUUAUGCUACGAAUGUAUGAUAGCGUAUAUGGUAUUUUAUGGCUUGUUAGGGUUUGACACGGUUCAGAGUACGGUAGAUUUUAGAGUACGAUAGGGCCUAGGGUACGGUAGGGCCUAGGGUACGGUAGGGCCUAGGGUACGGUAGGGCCUAGGGUACGGUAGGGCCUAGGGUACGGUAGGGCCUUGCAUACAGUAGGGCCUAGGGUACGGUAGGGUUCAGCAUAAGGAGUCUUCAUCCCUUACAUAAACUUUUUAUUCUCUGACUUUUCAGCUCCAAUCAACAUCAAAUCAAUCGACCUAACAGCGCCAAAUCUCAGCGUAUGGCUUCUGGACGACUCUCAAAACGUCGCCUUACCAUUGGUUCGAAUAGUCACAUCAGAGCUGAAACUUUUCCAAAUCUCCGAAAAAUAUGACAUGGCAUUCAAACUGGCAGUCGACUACUUCAAUCAACGUAUCUUCGGCUGGGAACCAUUGUUGGAGCCAUGGCAGGUGGAGAAGGUGGAGAUCGUAUCAGGCAUUCAUCACAAUUCACUAAAGAUUCAGCCGGCUUUGAAAAGCCCAUUGAACUUCAACAUUACACAGACCUUUGUACAACAAGCCAAACACUUCUCAUCGAAAUGGAAUGGCAUUAAAAGUGCAUUGGAAAGCGAUUUGAGGUGGGUUUUCUGGUUUUGAGGGGAAUGUUACCUAAAAUUUGAAAAAAAUGUAAAUAAACAAAAUGUGGUAGAGGAUUUUAAAAUAGUACUAAAGGUUUGUAAAUAGUACUUUAAUGCUAUAAAUGGUACUAAAAGUUGACUUUUGUUACCUAAAAGUUUUUUACAAUGACUUUAAGAGCUUAAGUGGUAUCUAAAUUUCAAUAAGUGAUGUCUAGAGCUCAGUAAACCUCUUAAUUUUAAAAAGAGUUUUAAUAGUACUGAUAAUGCUACGUAUUUCUUAAAUUAUUUCGAUUUGUACCUAAAAUCAAAAUUAAAAAAAAAUUUUUAAUUGAAAAAUUAUAGAACCUUAUGUGUACGCUCGAGAUCCGACCACCUACCUUACAUAUUGAGGAAUGAAACCGGCUCAAAUUUGAUUUUUACAACGGCCAUCGAUGAGGUUCAGAAGGCCAGGAAAGAGCAAAGAAAGCCGAAUGCAAAAUGGUUUACUGCUUUGACCGACAAAAGUUGCACUUUUGAGUUUCCAACGAAGUUGCUGACUGUGGUAAGGAUACUUAUUUUAUUUUUUGAAAUCUAAUUUUUUUUAAAACUUUUUAUUAUUAAAAAAUGAUCUUUUUUCAUUUUUUUCAACAUAUUUUUAUAGCGUGACCGCUCGACCGACCCCAGAAGCCUGGUAAUCCGCGUCGAAGGCUGGGACGAAAUCUCUCCAGUAUCCGUCGAUUCUGUUGGCACCUACUUCCGCGUAGGUCGCCUAUCACACUCUACAGAUUCAAAUGGAAAAUCAACCUACGGUCGAAUUGUAAUCGCCGUCUCAAUGGAACCGAACGGCCGAAAAGUUGUGACAGUCAGAUCAGCUCUACUACUGGUGAAUCAACUAGCCGAUCCGGUACAUUUCUCUUUUGUCAAGGUGAAAGAACGAUACGAAUGUGAUGUUUUGCCCGGGGAGAAGUUGUUUGCACCACUGAGAUUUGUGGGAGCAUCACUGUUCGUUCGGCCGAAAUGUGCGAAUAUCGAGAAAAGUGCAGAGUUAAUGUGGAGCUGGGCAAAACAGCCAGGAGAAGUGGCGAACAAGUUGAUCUGCUUCAGUAAUCCGGAUGAUGAACAUCAGUUUUGGUAAGGGUUUACUGACUAUUUUUGUACGGUUUAUGGCACAGUUCUUUUACCGAUUGCGUGGUCCCCCCUGUGGAUUUUUUGGACCCCCGCCCCCAGACCAAAAGUCUCCGCCCGGCCCUGGGCAUAGGGUAGAAUAGGGGGCCUCGGGUAUGGUAGGGCUUAGGGUACGGUAGGGCCUAGGGUACUGUAGGCCCUAGGGUACGGUAGGGCCUAGGAUACGGUAGGACCUAGGGUACGGUAGGGCCUAGGAUACGGUAGGGCUUAGGUUAUGUUUAGACUUAGGAUACGGCACAGCUCGUUGGGUACGAUAAGAUCCUAGAUACGGUGGGCUUUAAAUUAUGGUAGGAGUUAGUCUACCGUACUGCCUAAUUUAAGGUGUGAUUUAGGGUACGGUAGAGCUUAGGUGCGUUAGGUUCUAGGGAACGACACCAUUUCGGGUACAUUAAGGUAGGUCACGGUAGAGUACGUUACCAUGGUCUACUGUAACUUUUUAAAGUUUUUAUUUUUCAUCAUUUUAGUAUUCUUUUUCAUAAUUAUAUAAAUUUUCAGGAUGUGUGUAUCAGUGAAACGAGAACAUUAUCCAGAAGCCGAAUCUCUCUGCGGUCAUUCAAUUUACCUGAUCCCUACCUUGAACGUCUUGAAUUUGCUCCCAACUGACAUUGAAUUGACUUGCAACCGAGAAACCCACCCAAUUCAAGCAGGCCAACGUCUACAAUCAGCUACUGUAAAUCUGGAACAACAACUCUUGAUCUCGAUCACGUCGGACAAGUUUAGAACGGAAAAGCCGGCCGUGAUUCAGAGGAAUAGUUUGAGGUAUGUGUUACCUAAAAUGAUGAAGUUUUGCUGAUGAAAAAGGGUUUUGUUACCUAAACUACUAAAUUAUUGAUCUUAAGCUAUAUUGUAACAUAUAGAACGUGUUAUAGACUUUAGAGUACCAAAAUAUAUUACAUAAUUGCAGUGAAAGACAAGACGGCACAGAAUCGUGUCGUAUCUUGAUCCGCCUCUUCGAUCAAUACCAAAGAGAACUUCAUGUGUACGCUUCAGUCAGCAUCAUCAGGGGCGGAGCCAUUCACAUUUCAUUAUGGGUACCGUUCUGGAUUGUCAAUCGGUCUGGAAUACCUUUGGUGAUUAAGCAAGAAGCCGCGGAUCAAGAAGCAGCAGGGCAAAUGGAGGAUCACGAAAGUGCAAAGGAUCGGAAUCCAAUGAUGUUCAGUUUCAGUGACACUGAUUGCCCGCUACAGUAAGGUUUUUGGGGGGUUGGGUAAAGUAGAGUAUUGCAGUGCAGAGUAGGAUAGAGUAGAGUAGGAUAAGGUAGUGUAAGGUAGGGUAUGGUAUGGUAGGGUAAGUUAAAGUAAGGCCAAUUAAUUACGGUAGGAUUAGGGAAUUUAGGGUAGAGUAAAAUAUGGUAGAGUAGUGUGCGACAUGGUAGCGCGUGGUAUGUUAGAGUACUGUAAGGUAGGGUGGUGUAAGGUAAAGUUGGGUCAGGGACGUCGUUAAAAAAAUCCACAGGUAGAAAAAAAAAUUUUCGAAAAUCGGUCCACAGGUAGCCACAGGACCUGUGGAAAAAAAUUUUUUUUGGGUCUCCAUCUCUCCCCCCAGAGAAAAACCGUAGCGACGUCCCUGAGUUGGGUAUUAUAGGUUGACGUAGGGUGGUGUAAUGUAUCUUGCUUUAAUUUUGUUUUUGAGGGGAGAAAGCCCCUAAAAUAAAAAAAAAUGAAAAAAAUAAUUUUAGGUACAAAAUAGGUAAUAAAAAUACUAUUUCCAGGUGUGUGGUCCGAAUUGGCAGCGAAUUCCAAGACGAAUACAAGCCCAAAUACAGUAGACGAUUCACAUUGAAUAAUGGAGUACAAUCGUUACAAUUGAUGUUAACACACGAAACUGAAGCUACUCAGUAAGAGGUUUUAAUUAUUUUUUGUGUAAAAUACGGGUUGUAGUCUUUGCUCACUAAGUGCGGAUUUUAUGCCAUUUUUCAUGAAAAAUGAGGAUUUUAUGACAUUUUUAUUAAAAAUGAGGAAAUAUUAAAUGUAAAAUACGAUUCCGAAACCUUUUAAUUUUUUAAAAGUAAGCGCUAUGUAAAAUAUUAAAUUUGAUUGUUUAGAAUCUACAACAUUGGUGUUGAAGUACGACCGGGCACGGGCAGGUACAAGGAUACGCAAGUAGUACUCUUGGCUCCAAGAUACAGACUAAACAAUCAGUCUAGCUACGAAAUCAUGGUUUCUCAUCCGGACGAGGUCAAGGUAAAAUACGAUAAUUUUUACUAUGUUUCUAAAUUUUUUUGAAAAAAGAUUGAAUUUAAUUUGUUUUUUUUUAAUUUUUUGAAAUUUUUAUAUUUUUUUCUUAAUUUUUGAAAAAAAUAUAAUACAUUUUUAUAUUUAAUUUUUUAAAUUUAUGCUUAAAUUUUAGCAACUCAACAAGCACGUUGGCCUAGCCGCCAAGUCGAACCUGAUAUGGCACGAGAGCUUCGAAGACAAGCGGAUGCUCUGUGCCAAACGCCACGACACCGCUCACUGGUCCUGCCCCUUCCGAAUCGACCAAAUCGGAUCGUUCCACGUCACGAUGCGCGACCGUGACGAAACCCCACGCUUCAUCCGAGUCGAAGUCACCUUGAACUCGGCUUCAUUUUGGGUAACAUUCACUGACGCCGCCUUCUUACCAGCUCCAAUACAAAUCGAAAACCGGUCUACAGUACCAGUACUAUAUCAUCAGUACACAGAACAGGCCAGAAAGCAUCAUUUGAGAACAAUAUGCAAAGCCAACAGUGUCGUAGAUUAUGCAUGGGACGAUUUGUAUGCUCAGAAGUUGUUAACGCUUCAAGUAUAUGAGAAUAAGAGUUAUACCUACGACCCAUCAAAGCCGAGUCAAGGACCACCAUUGGUAUAUGAGAAUAAUGUCUACAUUCAACAUUACCCAAGCUUCAAAAGGUGGGUUUGCAAUGUUUUAGAUUUUUUGGCUGCUUGACUAGAAAUGGCAUUUUUUUCGAAGAAAGAUUGAUAUUUUGUAUUUAGAAUUAGGUUUUUAUGACAGUUUUGAUUAGAUAAAAGGAUUGAUGACAUUUGGGAGAGAGGAUUUUAUGACAUUUUCCAUUAGAAAUAAGGUUUUGAUGACAUUUUUUAUUACAAAAAAAACCCUAAUGACAACGUUUUUUAAAGGUUGUUUUAGUAGUCGUAUUUUACUAAGACUUUAUUAGUUUACUUUGUCUAUUAUCACUAUUUUGGUCAAUAAGAUGAUGUUUUUUACUUUAUGAUCUAAUCAGUGAGGUAUUUCAAUAUUUGUUCAAUGUUUUUCCGAACUCUAUUUUAAUUUUUAAUAUUUAUUUUUGGUUAAUAUUACAAUAAUAUUCAUUACAAAUAAUAAGUACAACCAUUAACGAAAGCCCCACGAAUUUGCGGCUGAUGUGACGGCAGGAGCCGUUGAUACAGUGGCUGGUGCCAUUGUAGCACGGGCUGAUACUGUGGCUGAUAGGUAGCUGGUUGGUACUGGGGCUGGUAGGCGACUGGUUGGUACUGGUGCUGGUAGACGGCUUGUUCGUACUGUGGCUGGUACGCGGCUGAUGGGUAUUGGGGCUGCUGUACUGAGGGUUGAUGCUGGUGGUACUGGUCGGGAUGUUGAAAAUCUUGUGUCGGUUGAGGGUACUGGCUUUGCGGCUGUCGGUGGUAGAAUAGAGACGGCUGAUAUUGGUAAUGCUGGGGGUUAUGGAACUGGCGAGAAGGCUGGUACUGGUCUUGUGGUAGUUCGGGCCACGCUGGUUUAAUUGGACUUCCGAACCGUUCUUCUACUUGUCUUCGAACCUCUUUCUCAGCUAAGGGACAACCCCAUACUGGGUCUCUCAAGAUGCUCAUUGAUGGAGCAGCAUUCACUUUGGCUUCAGCCUCAAUCAUGACUUUAUCAAAUGGGUUACAGAAAACCAUCUUUGAUAUUAAGUUAUAAUUAGUUGAGAGGAGAAAGUCGAACGUGUAGUAAAAAUAACAAGUGGUGUUGUAUGGUAAAGUAUACAAGAUUUGGCUUCUUUUAUAGGGUCUCUUGGCGAGAUAAUAUAGAUAAGUUUCUGCGCAGUUACGUGUCUUAAUUUGUGCCAGUUUUGUUGACUCAGCGGCAAAGGUCUUUUGAAGUUUAAAUUUACUUCGCCGCAGGGCUGUUGAUAGAACUUGGGUCGAGCAAAGUUCAAGUUGCGUAAUUGACUUUUUGGGGUUAGGAUUUUAGUUUUGAGAUACUAUUUUUGGAGAUUUGAUAUAUAAUUGCAUUUUUAAAUGAUGUAGGAUUGGAAAAGAUUUUUGAUUUUUAUAAAAUUUUUUAAUUUUUCAGUUUUGUAAGUGUUAAAGUAGAUGAAGAAAAUCAUGAAGGUAUCAUUUUUAAUGAAAAAUGUCACAAAAUUCUCAUUUUUAAUAAAAACUUUCAUCAAAUCCUCAUUUAUAAUGAAAAAUGUCAUAAAAUCUUCAUGGUUAAUAUCCAAAGUCAUAAGCUAAUUUUUUUUAAAAUUUUUGUUUUUUUUAAAUUUUAUUUUUGUUAUACAGGAGUUACAGUUUUUCAAAGUCCUAAUCAUAAUAUUCACAACUUUCAGAGAAGGCUCAACCACUCCGAACCCAGAAGAAACCGACCUUGUCUUUACCUGUCGACAAGAAGGAAAGAUCCAACUGACAAGACAAAACACAACUGACAGUUCCCACUCACAACUAUGGACAUUCACAAACGAACAUUGUGUUGAGAACGUGGGCUUCAACUAUCGCCAACAUCAAAAAGACAAAAAGUUUGUAUUGGACGUGCUGGACAAUGGGAACGUGCUCAUGAUGAGGGAAAGAGAUCCACAAAGGAAUGGCACUCAGAAGUGGAGGUUUACAAAUGUAAGAGGGGAGGGGUAGGGUAGGAAAGUUGCGCUGAUCUUGUGUACUUACUUUUUGAUAUUUUAAAGCUUUUUGUUACCUAAAAUUGUAAAAUAAGUUGAAGGUUCACAAGUUAUUAAAUUUUGUAUUUAAAAUUCAAAUAUUCAAGUUCAAACUUCCAGGACGGUCGCCUCCGCUGCGGAUUAUCCGACCGCUUUGUGGAAGCCAAAGGUAACACCCUCUACCUAUCAGCAGUUCAAGAAAAACACACAGAAGUGGUCCCACUAACCCACCGUUUCAAAAAACAACGUCAGAAGCCGGGAUCCGGUGUUCUGGACGUUCAAUGUCUUCACGUCGGCCCCACGUUAGUUGUUCGAAUCACCGAUCGUGCCGAUAUGAACCUGGAAAUGCCAUCGGAGCACAACAGAAGACGUGCUUCCACCAGUUCGAGACGCUCACUGUCACGGUACGACGAUGAUGGACUGAGAACGGCACGGCCUAGCUUCACAAUGGAGGCUAGACUGGAGAUUCCGGCUGGACUAGGAAUUUCUAUUGUUAAUAAUCAGUCGGAAGAGCUGAUUUAUGCACUGUUUAAGGUGGGCAUGGUAGUUUUUUGGGGGGGGGGGGUGAUUGUAAAAAAUUUUGAAUUUCUUUAAAUUUUUUAAAGUUUGAAGUUACGGUAUGAUAUCUUAAAUAAUUUUAAAAAGUUUAGGGCGUGGAAUUCACGGUGAUCAAAACCGACUCAACCUACCAAAUGACAGGCUCGGUAUCGGUGAUCCAGAUCGACAAUCAGUUGGUAGCGGCGGAACGAUGGCCACUACUGUAUUGCGAAGUGAAUGCAUUGAAAACAGAAGGCGAUUCCCCUGACAUUUCACCUGCUUACACUUCGAUUCCACAUGCCAUCAAAAUGAUGCAGAAACCAGCAUUGAAGCUGGAAAUGUCAUGCAAUCCUAGGGAACACUACGAUGCUUUUGAUGUGAGUUUGUUUGGUUUAAAAGGGCUAGGGUAAGGUGGACAGGGUAGGAUAAAAGAGGCUAAGUUGGGUAGGGAAGGGUAAAGGAGGCAGAGGCUUGGAUAGACUAGGAUACUGUAAGUAGGUUAGGGCUGAUCAUGGUAUCGUUACGGUAAAGUAAGGAAGAGUAGGUAAGGAUAUGGUAGCAUACGGUAGCGUAACAUAAUUAAGAUUAGGGUAAAGUAAACUAGAGUACGAAUACUAAUUUCAUGUUAAUUUCAGUGCUUCCGUGUCAAACUAUGUGAUAUGUGCCUUCUACUAGACGAAACCCUAUUAUGGAAGAUUGCUCAAUUUGUGCAAGAAACUGGAACUGCUGAAUCAGUCAAACCCAAAACUCUGAUUCAACCUCCGAACAUUGAACCAGCCAGCAUUUCCGAUUCCCACGCUCCAACCAGACGACUCUAUUUUGGAACUCUCGAGCUGGAAAUUGGCAAUCUAGCUUUAACUGUGCUUACUGUAGCCAAAAAUGGGUUGCCAAAGGAUUUGCGGAUUCUGAAGGAACAAUUUAACGUGAAACUUGUCAGCUUCGAGAACGCUCUGGUAUCGUUACCAGCCUUUAGACAGUUCCACUACUUUGAAACACUAAACUUUUUGGUCGAAAGUCUGAGCAAAUUCUACUUGGCCGAGUUCCAGAAACAGACCAUGAAGGUCAUCGUCACCAUGGACGCCUUUGGCAAUCCACAAGGCCUGGCUAGCGACCUCAAAGAAUCUUUCCAAGGCCUCCUAUUCGAAGGAGAUGUCAGUGGAUUCGUGUCAGGAUUGGGCUACGGAGUGACAAACUCAAUUUCCAAGGUGGCGUCAUCGAUGGCACACGGUGUAGGCUCAUUAACUUUUGAUGAACAACACGAAUUGAUGAGGAGAAGGAUGCUAAGAAGUCAAUCACAACAAGACAGUGCAACACCGCUAAGUCAUCUUUAUGGAGGAGUGAAAGGUCUGGGAGUGGGCGUCUUUGGAGGAUUGACGGCUUUAGCAAAGAACACUUUGAAUGCUACACAAGAGGAUGGAAUUUCGGUAGGAAUUUUGGGUUUUGAAACGAAAUAUCGGGAUUAGAAAACACUUUUGUAUUUUUGGAAUGAAAUUUUGGGGUUUAAAUGAAUUGGUUUGGCAGUUUUACGAGUUUUGUGAUAGCUUUAAAUAGUCUUUAGAGAUCUCAUGGUCUUUUUAAUUUUUUUUUGGUUUUAAAGGGUCUUUUUUGUCAAUUUUUAUGCGAUUUUUCUUAAAUUUUUAGAAAAAUUUUUGAUCUUUUUAAUUUUGGGGGUUUUUUUGCGAUUUUUUAAUUUUUUCAAGUAUUCGAAAGGGUUUUAAAAUGAUUUUUUGCCAAGAUUUAUCAAUUUUUGUUUAUUUUUGAAAAAAGGUUUUUUAAAUUUUUGUAUUUCUUUGUGCAUUUGAUAAUUUUUUGGAUUUCUGACAAGUUAAAGAAAGUUUUGCUUGAGAGGGUUCGAACCUGCGGUCUUUCGCGCCAAAGAUCACUGCACUUCCACUAUACCACAGAGGUUAUGUUCGUUGUUUUUGAUUACAAACAAAUUUUAGGCCUUUUUUCGACGCUGAUUUUGAUUAUGAAAAGAUUGUUUUUCUUAAUUGCUACAGCAUUAUGGCGUAUUUUACACUAUCUUAAAUAGUAUUAAUUUGUUAGUUUUAAAAAAUUUUUUUUAGAAGUUUAAAAAAAUCAUAAAUGGGCAAUGAAACUAGAUAAAGACAUACUUCAACAUGAUAUUUUAGGGUAUAUUCCGAGGAGUGACGACAGGCGCUGUGGACACAUUCACCAAGCCAGUUCAAGGUGUCUUCGACUUUUUGGAAGGAUCAGCUUCAGCUUUGAAAGAAGUGGUUGGAGGGCCAUUGGUACGGAAAUCGCACUUCCCAGAGCGACGUAUUCGAUUACCGAGGGUUUGUACAAGUCUACAGAGCUUGUUACCAUGCUAUGAUGAUCAAUUGGCAGAAGCACAACAGGAAUUAUUGAGAAUUACUGGGUAUUCUACUAAUGAAAUGUAGGUUUUGAAGGAUAUUUGGAUGGAGUAAUUUGAAAAAAUUUAGUUUUUGGAGAGUGAGUAGGGGUUGAUUUUGAGGGGUUUUGAAUUUUUUAGGUAGGGAAGAUACCAAGGAUGGUUGGAAAAGUAAUUUAGGUGGAGCGUGGGCUAGUAGGAAGGCAAUGGAAAGUGAUUUCUGUCAAUAUUAUUAUUAAAAAGAAGGGUAGGGUUGACAAAAUUUAAUUUUUCUGGGCUUUUUAAAGCAAGAUUUUAAAAUUUCUUGAUUGUUAUAGUUGAAGAACACUUCAACGAUAUUAAUAUAAACAACGAAAGUUUUACCUAAAGCACUAAAAAUAAAAUAUCAGCAAUAUAAACCUAAAAUACGGCUAAAAAAUUAUAUUAUCCAUGAUAAUUUCUUCCAUAUUUCAGCCUUCUCAACGUGGUAGUCUUUUUCUCACGCGUCUUCCAAGGCGAACGUGAAGUUCAGAAGGCAUUGAUUUGUUCGGAACAGUGCUACAUGCUCAGACAACGAAAUGAUCAGCCAAACACGGUAACCCAAAGGAUAAUAUACAGAUUGUUGAAGAACGUUCAACCGACCACUGUAACUCAGUCAGGAUUGGUCAAAGUUGGUAAGUAAUGGAAUUUUUGGUUAUAAAUGGAGUUGUUUGGGUUAUAUUGGCGUUUUUGGUUUUUUGGACGAAAUAUCACAAUAUUGAUUUUUUGUGACAUUUCGUUACAAGAAAAAAAAAUGUAGUCAUAAUUUGUUUUUAAACGUGUUUUAAAGCUAUUUAAUGUUGACACAUGGUUAUAUUGAAUAUUUUUGAGGUUCUAACGAAAUGUCACAAUAUUGAUUUUUUGUGACAUUUUGUUAAAUUUACAAAAGGUUUGUAAAUCACUACUUCUUUACAUUAUUUGAGGAAACUAUUAAUCUUUAUGCUAUUUUUUACAGAAAUUUCGUACGAAGACCGCCGUAGCCGCAACGUACCAGCCUACGUAUACUGUUCGGACCGCCAAGUAGCCCACCAACUAGCCGAUCGUAUCUUGCAGGCUAAACAACGAUACGACCAUUCGAAACGCACACUGACUGUUUUGGAAGAUGUGGACGCUUUAUAA